UUUAUCAUUAGGUUCAAGCAGGCCAAGGGGAAGACCAAGCAGUGCAUUGUAGUAGGGAUUCUCUAACCUGCAUUUGAGCCUGGCCUCAGCAUUCUAAAGGCUGUGACCCCCUCUUCCCUGCCCACCUUUGUGUCUUUGCCUCUUUAGGCUCUCAUCUUCCCCUUGGUUACAAUAAUCAAAACAAAACAAAAAAAGCCCCCAUUCUUACUAGGAGUAGCAGGCCUGGUCUCCCUACUCAGGUCUUCAGAGAAUAAAUGUGAUAUUUAGAGUUUGUUCCUUGUUCCUCAUAUUGCAUUCAGUCAAAAGCCAUGGUGCAUUUUGGGGCUUAUGUUCUUAUUUGAGAAUGUUAGAUAGACUCUAUGCUGUGGAAAAGCACAUACUUUGCAGAGACUAAAAACAAGUUCUUAAAUAAGAGUAGUCAGUAUUGUCAGUUUUUAAAUCUACUAUUAAAAAACACUUUUUGAUACAUGUUUCUAGAGCUGGCUGGCAAGAAAGCCUAUUCUUCAAAAGCUAAAUGACUGGUUUUCCCCCCUCCUUUUUCAUUUAACUUUCUUGAAGUAGGUAGUAGACACUCCAAUAAGGAUAUUGAGCUCUGAGGUCACGAUGUAGUCAGCCACUCUAGUUGUUGUUUUUUUUUUAAUGUUUGUGAUAUUGGUAAAUGGGAAUAGGCAAAUUAGUAUAAUAAAAUAAUCUGGAUUUGUCAACUUAAUGUAGUUGUAUAAUUGUACUUUUAAGUAUUAGAGACAAGAAAUAAUAAUAAAUUAGAUGAUUCUGUUAUUUAAAGUAGAAAAGAAUAUGUUGAUAAUAGGAAAUUUGACAACAUUAACAGCAUUUGUUAGAUUUUUAGAAAUUACAUUGUGGAGUUUUUAGCAGGCCCAUUCUUCUGAAAUUAAGGCUCCUUUAGUCAUAAUUUGGAUAGUUUCAAAAGAAGUCCUUUUAACACUUAAACUUCCUUGCAUAAUGUUAUCCUGUUGCUGUAUUCUGGGUAAGCAUCUAUUUUGUUUAUUAAGAAUUGUUUCAUCUUUGUGUGUGUGUGCAGAUGUUCAUAGAUUCCUCUGUGGGAUCAGAGGGCACGCCUAUUGUAAUCAGAAAACUCCAAGUAUAGAAGCAGGGAUGGAUGAACAGGCUCUUUUAGGGCUAAAUCCAAAUGCUGAUUCAGACUUCAGACAAAGGGCCCUGGCCUAUUUUGAGCAGUUAAAGAUUUCCCCAGAUGCCUGGCAAGUGUGUGCAGAAGCUCUAGCCCAAAGGACAUACAGUGAUGAUCACAUAAAGUUUUUCUGCUUUCAAGUACUAGAACAUCAAGUUAAAUACAAGUACUCAGAACUAACUACUGUUCAACAACAACUAAUUAGGGAGACGCUCAUAUCUUGGCUUCAAGCUCAGAUGCUGAAUCCCCAACCAGAGAAGACCUUUAUACGAAAUAAAGCAGCCCAAGUCUUCGCCUUGCUUUUUGUUACAGAAUAUCUCACUAAAUGGCCCAAGUUUUUUUUUGACAUUCUCUCAGUAGUGGACCUAAAUCCAAGGGGAGUAGAUCUGUACCUCCGAAUUCUCAUGGCUAUUGAUUCAGAGUUGGUGGAUCGAGAUGUGGUGCACACAUCAGAGGAGGCUCGAAGGAAUACUCUAAUAAAAGAUACCAUGAGGGAGCAGUGCAUUCCAAACUUGGUGGAAUCAUGGUACCAAAUCUUACAAAAUUAUCAGUAUACUAAUUCAGAAGUGACGUGUCAGUGCCUUGAAGUAGUUGGAGCUUAUGUCUCUUGGAUAGACUUAUCCCUUAUAGCCAAUGAUAGAUUUAUAAAUAUGCUGCUAGGUCAUAUGUCAAUUGAAGUUCUACGGGAAGAAGCAUGUGACUGUUUAUUUGAAAUUGUAAAUAAAGGAAUGGAUCCUGUUGAUAAAAUGAAAUUAGUAGAAUCUUUGUGUCAAGUAUUACAGUCUGCUGGGUUUUUCAGCAUUGACCAGGAAGAAGAUGUAGACUUCCUGGCCAGAUUUUCUAAACUGGUAAAUGGAAUGGGACAGUCAUUGAUAGUUAGCUGGACUAAAUUAAUUAAGAACGGUGAUAUCAAGAAUGCUCAGGAGGCACUACAAGCUAUUGAAACAAAAGUGGCGCUGAUGUUGCAGCUACUAAUUCAUGAGGAUGAUGACAUCUCUUCUAACAUUAUUGGAUUUUGUUAUGAUUAUCUUCAUAUCUUGAAGCAGCUCACAGUGCUCUCGGAUCAGCAGAAAGCUAAUGUGGAGGCAAUCAUGUUGGCUGUUAUGAAAAAACUAACUUACGAUGAAGAAUAUAACUUUGAAAAUGAGGGUGAAGAUGAAGCCAUGUUUGUAGAAUACAGAAAACAACUGAAGUUAUUGUUAGACAGGCUUGCUCAAGUCUCACCAGAGUUACUACUGGCUUCUGUUCGCAGAGUUUUUAGCUCUACACUACAGAACUGGCAGACUACACGGUUUAUGGAAGUUGAAGUAGCAAUAAGAUUGCUGUAUAUGUUGGCAGAAGCUCUUCCAGUAUCUCAUGGUGCUCACUUCUCAGGUGAUGUUUCAAAAGCUAGUGCUUUGCAGGAUAUGAUGCGAACUUUGGUAACAUCAGGAGUGAGUUCUUAUCAGCAUACAUCUGUGACAUUGGAGUUUUUUGAAACUGUUGUUAGAUACGAAAAGUUUUUCACAGUUGAACCUCAGCACAUUCCUUGUGUACUAAUGGCCUUCUUAGAUCACAGGGGUCUGCGGCAUUCUAGCGCAAAAGUACGGAGCAGAACUGCUUACCUGUUCUCUAGAUUUGUCAAAUCUCUCAACAAACAAAUGAAUCCUUUCAUUGAGGAUAUUCUGAACAGAAUACAAGAUUUAUUAGAGCUUUCUCCACCUGAAAAUGGUUACCAGUCUUUGUUGAGCAGCGAUGAUCAACUCUUUAUUUAUGAGACAGCUGGAGUGCUGAUUGUUAAUAGUGAAUAUCCAGCCGAACGGAAGCAAGCAUUAAUGAGGAAUCUGUUGACUCCACUAAUGGAGAAAUUUAAAAUUCUGUUAGAAAAACUGAUGCUGGCACAAGAUGAAGAAAGACAGGCAUCUCUAGCAGACUGUCUGAACCACGCUGUUGGAUUUGCCAGUCGAACAAGCAAAGCUUUCAGCAACAAGCAGACUGUGAAACAAUGUGGCUGUUCCGAAGUUUAUCUGGACUGUUUACAGACAUUCUUGCCAGCCCUCAGUUGUCCCUUACAAAAGGAUAUUCUCAGAAGUGGAGUUCGCACUUUUCUUCAUCGAAUGAUUAUUUGCCUGGAGGAGGAAGUUCUUCCAUUCAUUCCAUCUGCCUCAGAACAUAUGCUCAAAGAUUGUGAAGCAAAAGACCUCCAGGAAUUCAUUCCUCUUAUCAACCAGAUUACAGCCAAAUUUAAGAUACAGGUAUCCCCGUUCUUACAGCAGAUGUUCAUGCCUUUGCUUCAUGCAAUUUUUGAAGUGUUGCUCCGACCAGCAGAGGAAAACGACCAGUCUGCCGCUUUGGAGAAGCAGAUGUUGCGGAGGAGUUACUUUGCUUUCCUGCAAACAGUCACAGGCAGUGGGAUGAGCGAAGUCAUAGCAAAUCAAGGUGCUGAGAAUGUAGAACGAGUGCUAGUUACUGUUAUCCAAGGAGCGGUUGAAUAUCCAGAUCCAAUUGCACAGAAAACAUGUUUUAUCAUCCUCUCUAAGUUGGUAGAACUCUGGGGAGGUAAAGAUGGACCAGUGGGAUUUGCUGAUUUUGUUUAUAAGCACAUUGUCCCUGCAUGUUUCCUAGCACCUCUGAAACAAACCUUUGACCUGGCAGAUGCACAAACAGUAUUGGCUUUGUCUGAGUGUGCCGUGACACUGAAAACAAUUCAUCUGAAACGGGGCCCAGAAUGUGUUCAGUAUCUUCAACAAGAAUAUCUGCCUUCCUUGCAAGUAGCUCCAGAAAUAAUUCAGGAGUUUUGUCAAGCACUUCAGCAGCCUGAUGCUAAAGUUUUUAAAAAUUACUUAAAGGUGUUCUUCCAGAGAGCAAAGCCCUAAGGACUGGAUCUCCCUGUGCCUACAUCAUGAUCCGUAAUUCCAGUUAAUAAUUAAAGAAGCAGUUUGUGUGUGCCAUUCACAUUGGUCUUUUUAACAUUGCUUUGAGCUCAUUGCAAUAUAUGUAUUGGGAUUUUUCUGUAAAAUGGUGUAAUUUUCUCUAAAUACAGGUAUGUGAUCACAACAAGAGAAGUUGCUUGCAUGCCAAUUCAAACUGUUCUAUAUAAAAAUGCUGUUAAACGAUACAGCAGUUAGCCUAGUACCUUUUUUUUAAACUUGAAACUUUAAGUCCUUUAUAAAGACCAUGGCAGGAAAAGUAUACUUUUUUUUUAAUUGCCGAAUAUAAACUGUUUGAAAAUAAUAAUUUCCUUUUAUUUGUGAGGACUUACAAAGUAUGGGGGGAAUACAACAAAUCAAAACUAACUUUUUGUAGAUAGCCAUUACAUUUCUUUAAACUGUUUCAAUGCCAAUGUGUAUUCUGCAAGAGAAUGGUUUUAUAAAGUAACUGAUAUAAGAGUAGGUGCCAGUGUUACACACUUUUUAUAAAAAUAAAAUUUUAUGUAGUGAAA